AGCCUUCGCUGUGAAUGAUGCCGCUGGAAAGAUGGCCGCUUUCGGGAUGCUAAGUUGCGAACACCGGCCCCUGAAGCGGCCAAGACUUGGGCCUCCCGAUGUUUAUCCACAGGACCCCAAGCAGAAAGAGGAUGAGUUGACAGCACUGAAUGUGAAACAGGGGUUCAAUAACCAGCCGGCAGUUUCGGGAGACGAACAUGGCAGUGCGAAAAAUGUCAACUUUAACCCCUCCAAGAUCAGUUCAAAUUUCAGCAGCAUUAUUGCUGAGAAGCUGCGGUGUAACACAUUCCCUGACACAGGCAAGAGGAAACCCCAGGUCAACCAGAAGGAUAAUUUCUGGCUGGUUACAGCAAGGUCCCAGAGCUCCAUCAACAACUGGUUCACAGACCUAGCAGGAACUAAACCCCUCACACAGCUUGCUAAGAAGGUGCCGAUAUUCAGUAAGAAGGAGGAGGUGUUCGGCUAUUUGGCAAAAUACACUGUGCCAGUUAUGCGGGCGGCCUGGCUAAUCAAAAUGACAUGCGCGUACUACGCUGCCAUCACUGAGACCAAAGUGAAGAAGAGGCAUGUGAUUGACCCCUGCAUAGAGUGGACACAAAUAAUCACCAAGUACCUCUGGGAGCAGCUCCAGAAAGUUGCUGAGUUUUACCGGCAGUCAUCCAGCCAGGGCUGUGGGUCUCCACUACCGGCCACACCAGUGGAGGUGGAGACUGCAAUGAAACAGUGGGAGUACAACGAGAAACUGGCCAUGUUCAUGUUCCAGGACGGCAUGCUGGACAGACAUGAGUUCCUGACCUGGGUUCUCGAGUGCUUUGAGAAGAUCAGGCCUGGAGAGGACGAGCUACUGAAGCUGCUCCUGCCCCUCAUGCUGCAGUACUCUGGCGAGUUUGUGCAGUCUGCCUACCUCUCGAGGCGGCUGGCCUAUUUCUGUACUCGCCGGCUAGCGUUACUACUGAGUGAUGGGAGUGUGGGACCAGGACCGGGAGGGCACCAGGCCCACGGGAUCUCAGCACAGCCCGGGAACGCUCUGCCACAGACGCCAACCCCUCAACCUGCUGGGGGGAACCAGCCGCAAACUCCCUUCACUGACUUCUACAUCUGCCCGCAGCAUCGGCCUCUGGUCUUUGGACUUAGCUGCAUGUUACAGAGUAUCGUGCUGUGCUGCCCCAGUGCUCUGGUGUGGCACUACUCCCUAAUGGACAGCAGGAACAAGACUGGUUCGCCUUUGGACCUGCUGCCCAUAGCACCGUCCAACCUGCCCAUGCCAGGUGGGAACACGUCCUUUACACAGCAGGUCAGAGCAAAGGUUCGAGAAAUUGAGGAGCAGAUCAAAGAGCGUGGCCAGGCUGUGGAAGUCAGGUGGUCGUUCGAUAAGUGCCAGGAAACCACAGCAGGGUUCACGAUUGGACGCGUCCUGCACACACUGGAGGUCCUGGACAGCCACAGCUUCGAGAAGUCUGACUUCAGCAACUCCCUGGACUCCCUCUACAACCGCAUCUUUGGCGCGGGCCAGAGCAAAGACGGUCACGAGAUGUCCCCGGAUGAUGACGCGGUGGUGACCCUGCUGUGCGAGUGGGCGGUGAGUUGCAAGCGGUCUGGGCGACAUCGAGCCAUGGUGGUGGCAAAACUCCUAGAGAAGAGGCAGGCUGAGAUCGAGGCUGAGAGGUGUGGGGAGUCUGAAGUUGUGGACGAGAAGGGCUCUGUUUCCUCAGGAUCGCUUUCUGCUGCUACCCUGCCAGUCUUCCAGGACGUCUUGUUGCAGUUCCUGGACACACAGGCUCCCACACUCACUGAGCCAGGGAAUGAGAGUGAGCGUGUGGAGUUCUCAAACCUGGUGCUCCUCUUCUGUGAACUCAUCCGGCACGACGUUUUCUCGCACAACAUCUACAUGUGCACGCUGAUCUCGAGAGGGGACCUGGCCUCUGACUCCCACCUUCCCCGCCCCCGCUCCCCCAGCGAGGAGCCCGCUGACGAGUCAGACCGCAAGGAGCAGGAGGCUGGAGCUGGGGGUGGGGGCAAGAUGGAGGAUGCUGGCCUCUCAGAGUCAAUGGAAAUUGAUCAGAACUCCAACGCCAUUUUCGACGAUAUGUUCUCUCCUCCGAUGCACUGUGAGUCCAAGGGCAGCCCCUCCCCGGAGAAACCCAACUCAGAACAGGAUGGGAAAACUCUGGCCAAGGACAAGGGCCCCGACCCGGCAUUCCCCCUGGUGUACGAGCUGCCUCGGCACAUCCAGUACGCAACGCACUUCCCCAUCCCCCAGGAGGAGAGUGCCAGCCACGAGUGUAACCAGCGAUUAGUGGUUCUAUACGGUGUGGGGAAGCAGCGAGACGAAGCGCGGCACGCCAUCAAGAAAAUCACCAAAGAUAUCCUGAAGGUGCUGAACCGGAAAAGCACAGCAGAAACUGGGGGUGAAGAAGGACAGAAGCGGAAGAGGAAUAAGCCCGAAGCUUUCCCUACGGCGGAAGAUAUCUUCUCCAAAUUCCAGCAUCUCUCCCACUUCGACCAGCACCAGGUCACCUCUCAGGUGUCUCGAAAUGUCCUGGAACAGAUCACCAGCUUUGCCUUAGGGAUGUCUUACCACCUGCCACUGGUCCAGCACAUCCAGUUCAUCUUCGACCUCAUGGAAUACUCCCUCAACAUCAGUGGCCUCAUUGACUUUGCCAUUCAGCUGCUGAACGAGCUAAGCCUGGUGGAGGCGGAGCUGCUGCUGAAGUCCUCCAGCCUGGUUGGCAGCUACACCACGGGGCUGUGCCUGUGUAUCGUGGCCGUGCUUCGGAGGUACCACUCCUGCCUCAUUCUCAACCCCGACCAGACGGCACAGGUCUUUGAUGGGUUGCGCAUUGUGGUGAAGCAUGGAGUGAACCCUGCAGACUGCUCCUCGGCAGAGCGCUGCAUCCUGGCCUACCUGUACGACCUCUACACCUCCUGCAGCCACCUCAAGAGCAAGUUCGGGGAGAUCUUCAGUGAUUUCUGCUCAAAGGUGAAGAACUCCAUAUACUGCAACAUUGACCCCUCAGACUCGAACAUGCUGUGGGACCCUGAAUUCAUGAUCGACACCAUCGAGAAUCCCUCGGCUCACAACUUCAGCCACUCCAUGGCAGGCAAGAUCCUGAACGACAACCCGGCCAACCGCUACAGCUUUGUGUGCAAUGUGCUCAUGUACGUGUGUGUGGGCCACCACGACCCAGAGAGAGUGAAUGACAUUGGGAUCCUGUGUGCAGAGCUCACUGCCUACUGUCGGUCCCUGAGUGCAGAGUGGCUGGGCGUACUCAAGGCCCUCUGUUGCUCCUCCAACAAUGGAAACUGUGGCUUCAACGACCUGCUCUGCAACGUGGAUGUGAGUGAUCUCUCUUUCCAUGACUCCCUGGCGACCUUUGUUGCAAUCUUGAUUGCCCGCCAGUGCCUGCUGUUGGAGGAUCUGGUCCGCUGUGUGGCGAUUCCUUCACUUCUCAAUGCAGCCUGCAGUGAGCAGGAUUCGGAGCCUGGUGCCAGGCUAACCUGCAGGAUUCUCCUCCAUCUCUUCAAAACCCCGCAGCGCAACCCCUGCCAUCAGGACAGCAGCAAGUCAGAUAAGCCCUCGGUUGGUAUCCGGUCCUCCUGUGAUCGACACCUACUGGCUGCUUCCCAGAACAGCAUUGUGGUGGGAGCUGUCUUUGCAGUCCUGAAGGCAGUCUUCAUGUUGGGCGAUGCUGAGUUGAAGGGCUCGGGGUUCUCUCACCCUGCGGGGCUCGAUGACAUUACGGAAGAUGACCUGUGCUCCAAGAAGACAGGUGGUCGCUCGGUCUCUAUAGAAACGGCUAGCUUGGAUGCGUACGCCAAGUACGUGCUGAAGAGUAUCUGCCAGCAGGAGUGGGUGGGGGAGCGCUGCCUCAAGUCUCUCUCGGAGGACAGCAGUGCUCUGCAGGACCCCGUCCUCGUCAACGUCCAGGCCCAGCGCCUCCUGCAGCUCAUCUGCUAUCCGCACCGGCAGCUGGACAGCGAGGAGGGGGAUAACCCGCAGAGACAGAGGAUCAAACGCAUCCUGCAGAAUAUGGAUCAGUGGACCAUGAGACAAUCCUCUUUGGAGCUCCAGCUCAUGAUCAAGCAGAGCACAGGCAGUGAGUUGAACUCCCUGCUGGAGAACAUUGCGAAGGCGACUAUCGAAGUGUUCCAGAAGUCAGCCGAGAUGAACUCCAGUAACCCCUCUGGGAACGGGUCUGCAGGGCUGGGCAGCAUCGGCAGCGCGGUGACAAACAGCAGCAACGCCAGCAAGCUAAAGCCAGUCCUGAGCUCGUCAGAACGCUCAGGAGUCUGGCUGGUGGCCCCUCUUAUCGCCAAGCUAGCCACGUCUGUGCAGGGCCACGUGCUGAAGGCCGCGGGAGAGGAGUUGGAAAAAGGGCAGCACCUGGGCUCCUCGUCCCGCAAGGAGAGGGACCGGCAGAAACAGAAGAGCAUGUCUCUGCUGAGCCAGCAGCCCUUCCUGUCUCUGGUGCUGACAUGCCUGAAAGGGCAGGAUGAGCAGAGAGAGGGGCUCCUCACCUCCCUCUACAGCCAGGUUCAGCAGAUUGUCACCAACUGGCGCGAGGACCAGUAUCAGGAUGACUGUAAAGCCAAACAGCUGAUGCAUGAAGCCUUGAAGCUGCGGCUCAACCUGGUUGGAGGGAUGUUCGACACAGUCCAGCGCAGCACCCAGCAGACCACCGAGUGGGCCGUCCUUCUCCUGGACAUCAUCAGCAGCGGCACGGUCGACAUGCAGUCCAACAACGAGCUGUUCACCACAGUACUGGACAUGCUCAGUGUUCUCAUUAAUGGCACGCUAGCGGCUGACAUGUCCAGCAUCUCUCAGGGCAGCAUGGAGGAGAACAAGAGGGCCUACAUGAACCUGGUCAAGAAACUCAGGAAAGAGCUUGGGGACAGACAAUCGGAGAGCCUGGAGAAGGUGCGUCAGCUGCUCCCCCUCCCCAAACAAACCCGGGACGUAAUCACCUGCGAGCCCCAGGGCUCCCUCAUUGACACCAAAGGGAACAAGAUUGCCGGCUUUGACUCGCUCUUCAAGAAGGAGGGUUUGCAGGUGUCGACGAAACAGAAGAUCUCCCCCUGGGACGUGUUCGAGGGUCUGAAGCACUCUGCGCCGCUGUCCUGGGGCUGGUUUGGGACGGUGCGUGUGGACCGCAAGGUGACCAAGUUCGAGGAGCAGCAGCGCCUCCUGCUCUAUCACACCCACCUGAAGCCCAAACCACGCAGCUACUACCUGGAGCCCCUGCCCCUGCCCCCCGAGGAGGAGGAGCCCCCUACCCCCGUCCCGCCCGAGCCAGAGAAGAAACCCAUCGAGGCUGUCAAGCCGGAGAAGAUCGCCCCCACCAACACAGACUCCAGCAAGAAGAAACCAAGCAAGAAGAAGCGCAGCCAGUCCACCAGUAAGACAGAGGAUUAUGGUGCAAACACACAACGUGGACUAUCCUAUGGGGGAGGGAUGCCACCAGACCUUGUGCAUGCCCAGCCAGGGCACCCCUUCAACAGGAUGGGGUACGUGCAACCCCCUAUGGGGAUGUACACACAGAACCAGCCUCUGCCAGCAGGAGGCCCCCGGUUGGACACGACGUAUCGCCCCUCCCGCACCGUUUCUAUGGGGAAGUUGAUGCCAAACCGCCCGCCCUACCCUGGGAUGAUGCCAGGCAUGCCGGGGACGAUGGCUGGGAUGAUGGGACUGGAUCAGCAGCAGUACAAAAUGGGACCUUACAAGCAGCCCCCUAUGGCACAGGGACAAAUUCUGCGGCAGCAACUGCAGGCUAAACUGCAGAGCCAGGGCAUGUUGGGGCAGCAGGUGCGACAGAUGGCUCCUAAUCCCCCCUAUGGGGGGAUGCAACCUUCACAGAAUAUGUCCCAAGGAUAUACCACCUAUGGCUCUCACAUGGGGAUGCAGCAGCACCCCUCCCAGACAACUGGAAUGGUUCCUCCCACUUACAGCAGCCAGCCCUUCCAGGGUGGACACCCAGGUGCAAACCCAGCCAUGGUGGACCCCCUUAGGCAGAUGCAACAGAGGCCGAGCGGCUACGUUCAUCAGCAGGCUCCGGGUUACGGGCACCCAAUCCAGAACACACAGAGGUUUUCCCAUCCACCCAUCCAGCAGACACCCAUGAUGCCCGGAAUGGCUCAUAUAACCAACCAGGGCGUACACGCAGGAAUAAGGUCGACGCAGAUGCUGGUUCAGCAGCAGCAGCAGGUUCAGCAGCAGCAGCAGCAGCAGCAGCAGCAGCAGCAGGUUCAGCAGCACCAGCAGCAGCAGCAGGUUCAGCAGCACCAGCAGCAGCAGCAGGUUCAGCAGCACCAGCAGCAGCAGCAGGUUCAGCAGCAGCAGCAGCAGGUUCAGCAGCAGCAGCAGCAGGUUCAGCAGCAGGUUCAGCAGCAGCAGCAGGUUCAGCAGCAGGUUCAGCAGCAGCAGCAGCAGGUUCAGCAGCAGCAGCAGCAGCAGGUAUCCGCCGCUCAACCCCCAGCACAGGCACAGCCACAGGCUCUGGGAAUGCAGCCUCUGCCGCCCCAGCAACCCAUGUUCCCCAGGCAGGGCAUGCAGCAGACACAGCAGCAACAACAGACGGCAGCGCUGGUGCGACAGCUUCAACAGCAGCUCUCAAAUACUCAGCCCCAACAGAACACUACCACAUAUUACUGAUCCUGGGGGUUCUUGGGAAGGUGUGUGUGUGGCAGGGGAUAAGAAAGCAAAAGAAAAAAGAACAUGAGUGCAACACAGAGCUGAAGCUGCUGCCACUGCUGCAACCAGGGGGCCCUUUUGGACAGCAUUGUUCUCUGUGCCAAGGAUGACUUUGCUGGAGGUCACCAGCAGGGCUGACUUUCAGUCGGCCUGCACAGGCUCUGUAGGAUAUAAGCUCUGUUCAGCCACAUGCAUUGAGAAACGGGUUAGGGCUGGAGAAAGGAGGAGGGUGGAGAUUAAUUAUGCUGUCGGUUUGGAGGACACACUGGAGUUCUGUGUUCCUGUUUCUCUCCUGUAGACACACAGAGACAUGUUUGUUCAUGAUUAUUGCUGGUCUCUACUGACUCCAUUUGGAACAAGGACUUUUAUUUUGUGGUGUUUUCUCCAAGAAGAGUCCUGCUGUGGAAUAACAAUCAAAGGAGUUUUGUGGAGGAGAAUAUGGAAUUUGUGUAUAAAAUAAACAACAAAAUUAUAAUAAUGCAAUUUUUUUAUUUCAAUUUGUACAAUUCUUUUUUUUUCCUUAUUAAAAUCAUGUCUGAGUUUUUCAGUCUUUUGAUAUCUGUAAAUCAUAUUAAAUAUAUCCACAGCA